AUGGGGAGGCCAGUGGCAGCAGUGCUGGUGGCGCUGUGCUUGAUCGCCCUGACGACGCGCGCCGCCGCGUAUGGCGAGCACGGCCUCCGGCGAGGCCUAGAGCAGGCCAUGCGCGGGCGCUUCCUCGCCGACGCGACGGCGGGGGGCGGCGCGACCGUGCCCAUCUCCUGGUCGCCGUCGGAGUUCCUGUACGUGGCGAACUUCACCAUCGGCAAGCCGCCGCAGGCCGUGUCGGCGGUCAUCGACCUCACCGGCGAGCUCAUCUGGACGCAGUGCAAGCAGUGCAGCAGCUGCUUCAAGCAGGAGCUGCCGCUGUUCGACCCGACCAAGUCGUCCACCUACCGGCCGGAGCCGUGCGGCACCGACCUGUGCCGGUCCAUCCCGACGAGGAACUGCUCCAGCAACGUAUGCAUAUACGAGGCGCCGACCAAGGCCGGCGACACCUUCGGCAUCGUCGGCACCGACACCGUCGCCAUCGGGACGGCCAAGGCGACUCUCGCCUUCGGGUGCGUCCUGGCCACCGUGAGGGGCCUCGAAACCAUAGGGGGUCCUUCCGGGAUCGUCGGGCUCGGGAGGACGCCGUGGUCGCUCGUCCACCAGAUGAACGCCACCGCGUUCUCCUACUGCCUGGCGCCGCACGUCACCGGGAAGGACAGCAAGCUGUUCCUCGGCGCCUCCGCAAAGCUGUCCGGCGGCGGCGGCGGCAACGGCACCUCGACGCCGUUGGUCAGGGCCUCUGCUGGCUCUGGCUCCGACGACGAUGGCUCGGACCCGUUUUACAUGGUGCAGCUGGAAGGGAUAAAAGCCGGCGGCGUGAACAUCAAGGCCGCGUCGACCGGCGGCAGCACCGUCUACGUCAACACCGUCUUUCCGUUCAGCUUACUGGUGGACGGAGCGUACCAGGCCCUGAAGAAGGCGGUGGCGGCUGCCGUCGGCGUGUCGCCGAUGGCCAAGCCGCCGAAACCUUUCGACCUUUGCUUCCAGAAAUCAGCAGGGGGGAGCAGCGCCGCGCCGGACCUCGUGUUCACGUUCCAGGGCGGCGCCGCGUUGACGCUGCCGCCGCCCAACUAUCUGCUCGCCGUCGGGAACGACACGGCGUGCCUGUCGAUCCUGAGCUCGAAGCGGUUGAACCUCACCGACGGGGUGAGCAUCCUGGGAAGCUUGCAGCAGGAGAACACCCACUUCGUCUUCGACCUCGCGGCGGAGACGCUCUCCUUCGAGCACGCCGACUGCACCUCGCUCUCCUCCUAAUCAAUCAUCAAUGGCUGCUGCUUCUCUCUGGAGGCAUUUCUUGCAUCUGCUUUGCCGUCCAAGCGUCCAUAUGUGUGUACACAUGUAUUUGUUGCUUUUGUCAGAAUAAGGCAGCAUCUGCUGCAUCAUGUUUUGCUCUGCUCUUGGGCUCUUCAGUGUCCAGCAUUUUACUUCCUGCUUGUAUCAUAGGCUGAUACUAUAUGUCAGUUCUGUGUUGAUGCAAAUAAUAUCCAGUGCUUUGUCUAGCACGGU